ACCUCCGCGGUCAAAUUAUUAAUUCGUGUUAAUCCUUUUAUCCUCUCGUUCUCUCUCUCCCCGCUCCGAUUACCCUUUUUUUCUUUCGCUUCGUUGCCGGCGAGAUCCCGCAGACGGCGCCGCCGGUGAAGAGGAAUUAGAUAUGCUUGGAAAAUAAUUCCCCUUUGCCUUUCUUGAAAGAGAAAGCUCGUAAGUGAUAUGAGGGAUAAUUCGUUCGUAUGCGAUAUUGUAUUUCGAUCCCGGUAAAACCUAAUUCUCGCAGCCAUGGCGUCGUCGUCGUCUUCCAUGAACCCUUCGUCUCCGGGGCUUAAGGCUUACUUCAAGACUCCUGAGGGCCGAUAUAAGCUCCAGUAUGAGAAGACUCAUUCCGCUGGCAUUAUGCAUUAUUCUCAUGGCAAAUCCGUAUCUCAGUUGACGAUCGCGUAUCUUAAGGAAAAACAAGCUUCACAGGGGCCCAGCGUGCCUUCGACGCCGGGUUCCAGCGGUGUGGUGAAGUCGGCAGCAGCGAGGCUCUUUGUUGGUGUUAAUGGAAGCAAGGCCUUCUCUUUUGGUGGUUCGAAUGGUGGAAGUAAGAUGGUGUCUGGACCCAGCAGGUUUGGAGGGACUUUUGGAGGUUCUGCUGGAUCAGGCAGCUCUCCUUCUUCAGCAAAUUACGAUGGGAAAGGGACUUAUUUAAUAUUUAAUGCCGGUGAUUCGCUAUUCAUUAGUGAUCUGAAUUCGCAUAACAAGGAUCCAAUCAAGUAUAUUCAUUUCAGCAUUUCAUACCCUUUGUGCCAUGCUUUUGAUUCAGAGGCAAAAGAUGGACAUGAUUUGCUCAUUGGACUUCAAUCUGGAGACAUCUUCACAGUGUCGCUGAGGCAGCAAUUGCAGGAUCCUGGUAAAAAGCUCGUGGGAGCUCAACAUUAUAAUAAAGAUGGAGCGAUUAACAACAGUCGCUGUACUUGUGUUGUAUGGGUACCAGAUGGUGAUGGCAUUUUUGUUUCUGCUCAUGCUGAUGGAAACCUAUAUGUGUAUGGAAAAAACAAAGAUGGGGCUAUUGAUCCAUCAUUUCCUGCCAUCAAAGAUCCAACUCAGUUUUCUGUUACUCAUGGACGAUCUAGUAAGUGCAACCCGAUUAUUAGGUGGCAUAUUUCCCAGGGGUUCAUAAACAAUAUUUCGUUCUCAAUGGAUGGUGGAUAUUUAGCAACUGUCGGAAGAGAUGGAUACUUGAGAGUAUUUGACUACCUCAAAGAGCAAUUAACUUUUGGUGGAAAAAGCUAUUAUGGUGCUUUGCUUUGCUGUGCUUGGAGUCCUGAUGGUAAAUACAUAUUAACUGGCGGUGAAGAUGAUCUAGUACAAGUGUGGAGUAUGGAAGAGCGGAAGAUAGUGGCAUGGGGUGAGGGGCAUAAUUCAUGGGUGAGUGGUGUUUCUUUUGAUUCCUAUUGGUCAGCUCCAAAUCCAGAUGGAAAAGGAGAAAACGCUAUGUACCGAUUUGGUUCUGUUGGUCAGGUAUAAACUAUGCCAUUCAAGGAAAUUAAU